AUGGAACCACCUGCUAACUCCAAUAAAGAAAUUGCAGCUUUGGCACGACGUAAAAGGAAGCAAAUUCUUAAAGAUAGAAGAUCGAAAAAACUCCGAAACAUAGAUAACUUUUAUAACCACUAUGAAGCUUCUCAGAUGUACUACGCUCCAUCGAGGCCAAUCAUCAGAACACCACUGUCUAAUAUAACUUCAAUUGUUCUUAAUGAAAGAAAUAUGUUUUCACAUUCUCCUGGAAUUGCAACAGGCAGUGGUAUUUCAAUGAAGAAUUUUGAAAGUGUCUCUACAAAACAGGCUGCGGCUUUUGCACGGGAAAGGAGAAAACAAAUUCUGCAAAGAAGAAUCUCACAAUCUCAUGAUGAGAACUUUGACAAGAAUUCUCCAAGUUGUUUCAGGAUCAAUACUCCAUCAUUUACUCAUUUAGUAACACCACCUUCCAAUAUAACUUCUCCACAUUCUAAUGCAAGAAACUUGAACAUGAGUGCGCAACCAAGUACUUCUGCUUACAAAUCCAAAAAACAACUGAAUGUGGGCGCUAUUCAAUCCAUGAGUGUGAAACUUUUAAAUUAUUUUGCCAAUGAGAAUCAUGAUCCCUCUUCUUCAUCCACACCCAAUUCUCCUGUACAUGAUGCAUCUACUUUCAAUUCUGUUCCAAAUUUUAACAUUGCUAUGCAUAACUCUGUUGAUGAUACAUCCACUGAUGAUUCUAUCAGUGACAGCUCUUGCGAAUUUAAUGUUGCAGAUGGAAAUUAUGAUUCCAGUUCCAGUCUUGAUGGUGACGAAGCCUUUCAAUACAAUUCCUCAUCAAUUGAUUCUUGCAAUAUUGAUUAUUCUGAUAUUGGUGAUCCUACGGUUGAGUGCAUACAUUGUGGAGCACUUAUGUGGUAUCAAGAAAAAACGAAGAAAGGAAAGAAUUGUUCAGUUCCUAAGUUCCAACUAUGUUGCGGAAACGGAAAAGUUGUUUUGCCACUUUUGAAAACACCACCAUUAUUACUUCGGCGUUUAUUGUUUGAUAAUAGCGAAAGCGAAAGUAUAAAUUAUCAGCAAUAUUGUCGAUUGUACAACAUGAUAUUUGCUUUUACAUCAUCGGGUAUGAAGGUCGACAACAGAUUUCAAGAUGGAAGGGGACCACCUAAUCUAAGAAAACAUGGACAAGUCUGCCAUCGGAUUGGGAGCAUGCUUCCUUUACCUGGAGAAUCUCCAAAGUUUGCUCAACUAUACAUUUUCGACACCGACAAUGAGGUUCAGAAUAGAAUUGAAGCAAUAGGGAACAACCCCUAUAUUAUUCCAGAUACUGUUAAAAGAUUGAAGCUUAUGUUGGAUAAGUUCAACACACAUGCUAAGUCUUUUAGGAUGGCAGCAGAUAGAUUGAAAAAUUGCAGUUUACCUGAUCUUAAGUUGAAAUUAAUCUCUGACAGAUCAACAGACGGCAGAAUCUACAACCAUCCAACUGUUUCAGAGGUCGCCGCACUUAUCGUUGGUGAUGUUGAUACAGGUCAUAAAAGAGAUAUUCUUCUUGAGAGACAGAGUGGACAACUGAAAAGAAUAAGUGAGUUUCAUCCAAGUUAUUUGUCAUACCAGUAUCCACUGUUGUUUCCUUACGGUGAAGAUGGAUUUAGAGUUGGCGUUCUUCUUAGGGAAACUAAUUCAAAAAAACCAAUGAAGAGGAAUAAGCUUACAAUUAGAGAAUGGCUUGCUUUUAGGAUUCAAUCUAGGAAUAAUGAAGCACAAACACUAUUACUGUCAAGAAGGUUGUUUCAACAAUUCUUGGUUGAUGGAUUUACGAUGAUGGAGUCCCAAAGAUUAAAUUAUAUAAGAAAACAUCAAAAAAGGUUGCGUGUUUCUAAAUAUGGCAAUUUGAAUGAUGGAGAACAGAAUGCCAACACUCAAGGUUCCAACAAAGGUAAAAGAGUCGUUUUACCGUCGACUUAUGUUGGAAGUCGAAGGUUCAUGGAACAACUUUAUUUUAAUGGCAUGGCUAUUUGUAGUCACUUUGGUUUUCCGGAUCUUUUUAUCAUAUUUACUUGCAAUCCUAACUGGCCUGAAAUUCAGAGAUUGGUUGCCAAAAAUAACUUGAAUUCUCAAGAUCGUCCGGAUAUCAUUUCUAGAGUCUUCAAGAUUAAGUUUGAUGAGUUGUUGUGUGACCUAACAAAAAAGCAUGUGUUAGGGAGAGUUGUUGCAUAUAUAUACACAAUUGAAUUUCAAAAGCGGGGUUUACCACAUUCCCAUAUCCUUCUAUUCUUGCAUCCCUCCAGCAAGUAUCCAACUCCAGAUGAUAUAGACAAGAUCAUUUCAGCAGAGAUACCAACAGAACAAGAUGAUAAGCCACUAUAUGAUUUGGUAAAGACACAUAUGAUCCAUGGUCCAUGUGGUAUAGCAAACAGGUCUUCACCCUGCAUGAAAGAUGGAAAGUGCUCAAAAUACUUUCCCAAAAAGUUUCAGCCCCAGACCAUUGUUGAUCAAGAUGGAUAUCCUAUGUACCGAAGAAGAGAAACCGGUAAUACGAUUAUGAAAAAACAAGUUCAACUUGAUAACAGGUAUGUAGUUCCUUAUAAUCCAUAUUUGUUGAAAAAAUAUCAAGCACACGUCAAUAUGGAGUGGUGUAAUCAGAGUACUUCUAUUAAGUACUUAUUCAAGUAUAUUAACAAAGGUUAUGAUAGAAUUACUGCUGCGGUUGUUCAAACUGAAUCUGAUGGAACUUCGGUCAUAAGAAAUGUUGAUGAAAUCAAGCAAUAUCUUGAUUGUAGAUAUGUCUCACCAAGUGAAGCGUGUUGGAGGCUUUUUUCAUUUCCUAUUCAUGGUAGGUCACCAGCAGUUGAGAGGUUGUACUUCCAUCUUGAGGGAGACAAUUCUGUUUACUAUACUGAUUAUGAAUUGAUUGAUGAGGUGCUUGACAAACCAAGUGUGAAAGAAUCAAUGUUUACGGCGUGGAUGGAAGCAAACAAAAUAUACUUUGAGGCACAAAAUUUAACUUACUCUCAAUUUCUGACGAAGUUUGUAUAUGAUAGAAGAUAUAGACGGUGGAGACCACGAAAAAGGGGUCAUACUAUUGGCCGCCUAAUUUGGGUUCCUCUAAGUACUGGUGAGUUGUAUUAUUUGAGAAUGAUGCUGACAGUUGUCAAGGGCCCUACUUGCUAUGAAGAUAUAAAAUUCGUUGAUGGAAAGGUUCAGGAUAGCUUUAGGGAUGCAUGCUUCCAUAUGGGAUUUCUUAACGAUGACAGUGAAUAUGUUGCAGCGAUAAAUGAAGCAAAAGAUUGGGGUUCUGGACAUUUUUUGAGAAAGUUAUUUGUUACGAUGUUGCUAUCCAGUACAGUGAAUAGGCCACGUCAUGUUUGGGAACAAACCUGGAGGACUUUAUCUGACGGUAUUUUAUAUCAACAAAGACAGAAUACUAAUAGAAGAGAAUUGCAACUAUCAGACACUGAGUUAAAGAAUUUGACACUCAUUGAGAUUGAAAAUAUGAUGCAAUCAAAUAGAAGAAGUUUACAUGAAUUUACAUGUAUGCCAUAUCCGGAUAGCUAUGUCACAAAGCAUGUUGGCAACCGGCUGAUUUACGAUGAACUUGAUUACAAUGCUGAGAAUGAGCAAAAGAAUUUCGAAGAGCUUUUUCAUGCACUUACAGAUGAACAACUUGCAAUAUAUCAUACCAUCAUGGAUGCUGUCAACAAAAAAAGAGGAGGUGUGUUUUUUUUACAUGGUUACGGAGGAACCGGCAAAACUUUCAUGUGGAGAACACUAUCAAGUGCCCUUCGUUCACAGAAAAAAAUUGUUCUUACUGUUGCUUCAAGUGGGAUAGCAUCAUUAUUAUUGCCAGGUGGGAGAACCGCACAUUCAAAGUUCAAAAUACCCGUGCCAACACUUGACAACUCAACUUGCAAUAUCGACAAAGACACUGAUCAUUCACAACUACUUGAAGCCACCGAUGUCAUAAUAUGGGAUGAAGCACCUAUGUCUCAUAGGCACUGCUUUGAGGCAUUGGAUAAAACCCUAAAAGAUGUCAUGAGCAAAAAGGGUUUUCAAAAUGCAAUUUUUGGUGGAAAGGUUGUUGUUUUCGGAGGAGAUUUCCGACAGAUUCUUCCAGUUGUUCCUAGAGCAAGUCGUUCUGAUAUUGUCCAUGCAUCUAUUAGCUCAUCCUAUGUUUGGGAAUAUUGUCAGGUUCUAAAGCUCACAAAGAAUAUGAGACUUCGACAUGGAAGGGAUAAUACAAGUUCUGAUGAACUAGCAAAAUUCUCAAAAUGGAUAUUGCAAGUUGGUGAUGGUAAGAUUUCUGAACCAAAUGAUGGAUUGGUUGAUAUAGAAAUUCCAAAAGAAUUAUUAAUUUCAAAUUUUGAAGAUCCAAUAAGGGCUAUCGUUGAUUACACAUAUCCGAAUUUGUUGGAAAAAUUUCAAGAUGUUACGUUCUUACAAGGAAAAGCCAUUCUUGCCUCAACCAUUGAAGUUGUGGAUAGAAUCAAUCAUUACAUAUUGGAUCUGAUACCAGGAGAAGAGAAAGAGUAUUUGAGUUUCGAUUCAAUUGAUAGAACAGACACAACUUAUAAUGAAUCUUAUGAAGUUUUAACUCCUGAAUUUCUUAGUAAAUUAAGAACAUCAGGAAUUCCAAAUCAUAAGAUCAAAUUGAAGGUCGGUACACCUAUUAUGCUAAUGAGAAAUUUGGACCAGGUUGAUGGAUUGUGCAAUGGAACAAGAUUAAUUGUUACAAGGUUAGCAAAUCAUGUCAUAGAGGCAAAGAUCAUGUCUGGAAAGAACAUAGGUAAGAUUUUUUACAUUCCAAGAAUGUCUAUGUCACCGUCUGAUUCACCUUGGCCAUUUAAGUUGAUUCGGAGACAAUUUCCAAUAAUUGUCUCCUAUGCAAUGACAAUUAAUAAAUCCCAAGGUCAAUCACUUGAUAGUGUUGGAUUGUACUUGCCUACUCCAGUAUUUAGUCAUGGUCAGUUGUAUGUUGCUAUUUCACGAGUUAAGAGCAAAAGUGGGCUAAAAAUCCUAAUCCAUGACAAGGACAAUUCACCGUGUUCGACUACUACAAAUGUUGUGUACAAGGAGGUCUUCGAAGCACUUGGUUAA